UUGGUAGUACCACAUUUGCCAAGAAUUUGUUAUGCAGCAUCUAAAAAUAAGGCAUUUUUGAUACAGGAGCCACAACUGUGAAAUUAUCUUUUUGUUCAGUUUGGGGUCAUGUACUUUGUAAGCCUUUCAUCUCAUCGGACAAAAUAUUUGCUUAAUUAAGUGUUUUAAUUAAAUAAGUAGUUUGAAUUUGUGCAGCUGUACCUUACACUGAUUCUGAAUUAAGGAGGUAUUUUACAGUUGUAAUUUUUUUUUUGUAUCCCCAAUUUGAAUUAUUAUGACUGUAAUGAAAUAAGGGAAAACAACAUUUUGGAAUAAUAGAAGAACUAAAAAACAGUAGUGGGAUUUCAAAGCUAAAGCAAGUCCAGAAGAAAUAAAUUCUUUGAAUUGGUGUGUUCUAUUCUAUUUUGUUCUGUUCUGUUCCAUUCCGUUCCGCUCUGUUCCAUUCCGUUCCUUCCCGUCCUGUCCCAUCCCAUCAAAUUUGAACAUGCGCACAGUUAUGCCCACAUGACUGUUUCAGGCAAGGCUUCUUUCUAGAGACUGCUAAAUUUAUGACAGGAAGAGGAAGUUCUAGUCAAAGCUACAUAAAGUGCACUAUGACUAAUGACAUGCAGCAGUCAGAAGUCAAAGAAGUUCAGAAACUUGUUUGGGAAACAAGCCUUCUAUUAAUUAGGCAGAAGGAAAUCUUUUCUGUGGUACCAUGUUUUCUUGCCUGCUUCUGAAACAGAUCCUGCUGAUGCUAUUAACAGGUUCCUUCACAUCAUAUGCUGAAACUGUCAUACAAGGAAAAGUGGGUGAAAACAUCACUUUACCCUGUCAUUAUUCAGUUAAGGAUAAUGGACUCACAGAUAUAUGCUGGGGACGAAGUUGCCCUGCAGCGGGUAGUUGUCCCAAUAAAAUGAUUAGCAUUAAUAAAUAUCUGGAGAUAGAUGGGCAACUCCAAAAAUACCAUCUAAUGGGAAGUGUCAGUCAAGGAGAUGUAUCUCUGACCAUUGCUAACAUUACAGAAGACGAUGUAGGGACAUAUUGUUGUCGAGUGGAGUAUCAAGGCUGGUUCAAUGAUGGGAAAAUAUUUUUCAAAUUACUGAUCAAGGAAGCAUUGCUUUAUACAACGCCUAUAUAUUUUAGUACGUCUAAUUUUGUUCCUGAACCAAAAUUGCUAUUCAUUACUGAAUCUCCACUCAAUAAUAUUUCAUUAUAUAGGUCUAUAAUGGUAAAGGAGCAAACAAAGAAUUCACCUUAUCGGAUAGGCCUAUACCUUGGAAUUGGGAUAUGUGUAAUUCUAUUCGCCAUUAUAAUCUUGCUACUUAUAAAGUGGUACCUACACAAGAAGCAGAAGACAAUUAAUUCUACAAGUCAGGUGGCAUUUACAAAUUCAGCAGCUCAAGGGAUUCAGCAUGUUGUCAGCGCUGAUGUCCAUGCGCCGGAAAAUAUUUAUCACUGCUUUUGAAGAAUCAUUUUAGCAGACUCAUGUCAAAGAAGGCACUCUAUUUGGAACAGCAUAUUUGGCAAACAGGUCUUGUCAUAGACGUGUAUAGAUUCAAGCUUUUGUUUAUAUUCAUGAAAUCAAAUUAAUGUAUGUAAUAUGAGACAAGAGAAUCUAUUUUACAAUCUUAUAGUAGAAAUAUAAUAUUUCACUCUGUCAAAGACCUUGGAGUUCUCAUAUCAAGUGAUCUAAGUGCCAAAGCCCACUGCAGCUACAUCGCCAAAAAGGCAUUAAGAGUUGUAAACCUAAUCUUGCGUAGCUUCUUCUCCGGAAAUAUUACACUACUAACCAGAGCAUACAAAACAUUUGCUAGACCAACUCUCGAUUACAACUCAUCUGUCUGGAACCCACACUGCAUAUCGGACAUUAAUGCAAUUGAGUGUGUCCAGAAAUAUUUCACAAGAAAAGUCCUCCACUCCUCUGAUCGCAACAAAAUACCUUAUGCCACCAGACUUGAAAUUCCGGGUUUAGAAAAUUUAGAACUAUGCUGCCUUCGGCAUGACCUGACCAUAACUCAUAAAAUCAUCUGCUGCAAUGUCCUUCCUGUCGAAGACUACUUCAGCUUCAACCACAACAAUACACAAGCACACAAUAGAUUCAAACUUAAAGUGAACCGCUCCAAUAUUGAUUGUAGAAAAUAUGACUUCAGUUGUUGUUAAUGCCCGGAAUGCACUACCUGACUCCAUGGUUUCAUCCCAAAAUCCCCAAAACUUUAACCUAAAGUUGUCUACUGUUGACCUCACCCCAUUCCUAAGAGGUCUGUAAGGGGCAUGCAUAAGAGCACCAGAGUGCCUACUAUCCUUGUCCUAAUGUUCCCUUUAGUUGUAUUCAUUUUGUGUGUUUAUUUCAUGCUCCAAUACCCAGUUCUCCCUUUUCCUGACACUAAGUCCAAUGGCCUGGGCUGCGUAUUUGUCAUCCAUCUGCCACAGGUAGAGACAAACUAUAUCAGUGCUUUGCUUAUUUGCUUUCUAUUACCAAGUGUGGUCAUAAGGUCACAAAUUGCCCUUAUACCACCACCAGAUGAUGCACUUGGAUUUAAAAUGUUUGCUAGGUUAUAUGUCUGCAUUUUAUUUUUCAUUCUAUUGUCUCUUCCCAGUUGAAAUAUGCUUUUCUUUCCAUUGCAUAUAGUCCAUAUUUUUUUUCUUGAUUUGUCAUUCUUUGAUACCUAACACAAACCUAAGCAAUAUUGAUGUUGAUGUAUUUCAGAUGAUGUUUCCUCUGAUGAUAAAAAUUAUGUCUAUUUUUUAAGUGGUCACUGAAUUAUCUUUGUUGAACAAUAAAGAUUUUUUAAACAACACAGAAAUUGGCAGAUAAUUACAAUUAACAAGGAUUUUGUUGCAUUGCU